AUGUCCGCGCAGCGGUGUUCUGGCGACAUUGUGACGGUGGGGUCCCGCGUCUUCUUUUGUCCGCGGGACGAGCAGCUACCGUUUUUGGAAUGGGCACAGGAGGAACAACGGUUUGUUGUUCUGCGACGGGAUGCGUGUGACAUGGCGCCACUUCUCGCUUCGGAGCAAACUGCUGCUGCGGGCUUGGAGUGCGGCACGGUGAAAGUUCCAUGCUGCGCCUUGUACGGUGUUCUACCCCUCAGGAGCACAUCUAUCCUGUUGUAUGUUGCACAACAGGAACGCGUGGCGACGCUGCCUUUGUCUGAAACACAUGAGGUGUUCGCUGUCAAACGAUUUGCCUGGAUGCGCCUGCCCUCGCCACGGAUGGGGUCACCCGUUCAAGACACCUUGAAAGAGGAUGAUGGGGAACAUCAGAAUGCAUUUUCUCCUUCUUCUGAGGGGCUCUCGGAGGACAUCGUUGCUAAAUAUUGUGUUUUGAUUGAUUUGUUCUGUACCAAGUCACAACAGCAUUCAGGAGGUUCGUAUUUUUUUUAUUCUCCGACAGUUAAUUUGGCGUUGGAUCCAAGUGAGUUGGUUGAGGACCCGACGGCACAUCACUUGGGGGUCUCUUCCGCGGAGAAUAACUCUGAUUACGAGAGGGGUUCCCUUUCUAGAGAGAACCACGUUAGUUAUCACUCGCAGCACGCUUUUCAAUGGAAUGCCCCAUUAAUUCACGCAUUCGCGUCGUUGCAUUUGCCUGCUGGAACUGUCUUCUCUUACGUGCCGGUGUUUAUUAGGGGUGUUGUUGCCAUGCCCCCUGCACCCGCGGACGGCGUCCAGUUGCUGCUCAUCAACCGCCUCAGCUACCGUUGGGCCGGUACACGCUACAACCGGCGUGGGUUGGACUUGGCGGGCACUGGCAUCAGUGCCAAUUUCUCCAUAUCGACUCUGUGGGUGUUUUCCGCAGAAAGACAAAAGCAAGGCAAUGAUGCGACAACCGCAUUUUUUAAUGGGGAGAGAAGAAUGGCAUCCUACCAGGUUGUUCGAGGGUCCAUCCCACUUUAUUGGAGCCAACGAGCAAAUUUGGCCCUCAUGCCGGAGAUCAACAUUGCAUCGCCUGGUCAUGCGGUAUUUGAACUGAGUUCACAUCUAAAACUGUUAAGUAGACUUAUUCCGGGCACCUCCACGCUUCACUGUCUUGACACGACAUCCCUUGCUGAAGUGGAGCGUCCUCUUUCAGAGGCCUUUGCUUUCGCAGUGACCAAGUUUCGUGAGUCGGAUGUCAGAAGCGACAUCUCCUUUGAUGUUCACUACACCAAGUAUGAUUUAAAGGGUAGACUGAAAAGUAAGCUGUCGUACGACGAGAUCCUUAAAGGUGUAAAUGAACUUCUCAAUGGUGGUAUGGAGGGGGAGGCAAAACGUGUCGACUUCUCGCAGUGGUGCGGUCGGCCCUUGGGUAAGGAAGAUACUCAUUCGGAUGUGGAGGCAAAUCACACCUCUUCCCUAGUCUGGAGGCAAACGCAUCAACAAGAGCACUAUGUUCGUGUGAAUUGUCUUGACUGUUUAGACCGGACCAAUCUCGUCCAGUCCAUGCUUGCGGUUGAUGUGCUUCCGCGGAUGAUUCGCUACGUGCGUGGUGAGAAACAUAUAAUGAAUAAUAAUCAUGGUAGUGGUGCUAACGCGACAGAGGAUUCUGAGACGGAAGAGGAAACAUAUGAAGAAUCCAUUAAACUAUGCAAGAAACUCUGGGCUCAACAGGGCAUAGCACUUUCUCAAUUGUAUGCUGGGAGUGAACCUCACUUUCUUCACUUACUUCUCAAGGGCACCUUGGGACGGUUUUUUCUGCAACAGACAGUCCUUAUUUCAUCGCGCCGUUGGCUUCAACAGAACUUUUACGAUGGUGACAAGCAGGACAUCAUUUCCGUACUCACCCGUCAACAUGAUCCGGCUCUCACACAAUCUGAAUUUGAGAGACGCUUUUUACGACCCUUCUCAUUUCUGAAUAAAAUGGUGGCGUUGGGUCUCAUCGUCGCAGUAUUUGCUCUUGCGGUGAACCUGACCGUUACCGUUCUCUUAACGCGGGAUCUCAUGUCAAAAGGGCCUUUGGUAUAUUCACUCGUUUGGGCGAUGUACAUCGUUGUUUUGAUUUUCUUUAUUAUGCGUGAUGGGGCUAGCUACACAAACGGCCCACUGUUUAGGUGA